CGCGAUUUACAAGUAGAGGUAAUCACAACCUCGCUAGUGUAAUAGAAGUUUAUAAUACUCCGUACUUUAUUGACAUUCCGUGUUGGAAAAUAUCGUCACCUCCUUCUCAUUGUCCAGUUCCGGCCGACAGACACAUAAUAUUCCAGCAAAAUGCUUCUUCCUUUCUCUCCGAUAAUUUGCAGCUACAUGAAAACUCGAUCAGGCUCCUGUCCGGCUAUUCUCUUUUCUUCUUGCAUAGUAGUUUAAUUUGUAUGAUUCUGCAAAAGAAAAUAACAACAAAUAACAUGGCUCGAGACACGUAAACGCUGUCCUCAGAAAGUAUUUUCGGUGGACGGAAAUCUUUCUCCAGGAUAUAACGAGCCCUUCGGCUAAUAGCCGGACACAGAAUCUAUGAGGAUAUAUCCAAAUUUGUAAUCCAGCAGAGAGCUUUUAUUAUAAAGGAGAAAUAUAGCAAAUGCCAAAUCCAUUUGUAUCAAAAUUGUGUAGUGCACUGGCGUAGUUUUUUUUUUUUUUUUUUUACUAAAGAAAAUGAGGGCAGGAGUAUUAUCUUAUCUUUUAUAAGGAAGAAGAAGCUGGGAAGGCUGAAGUGUUCCUUUUCGUAAAUCUUCACAAGAGCUUAAGUAAGCAACUUAAAUAGAAUUUAGUUUUAAGAUGCUAUUAAAGUGGAGAAAUAAAAGCUUAGCCUAGUAAAGU